GCCAAAUCCUGUUUAAUGUCGUUUGUAAAGCCUUCUCACGCGUUCAAAUUUAAGUCGGUGCUUGACAGUAGCGCGACAGUUUGUCUAGACAAAGUUGUAUAUUUCACGCUUGAACAAACACCGACAACUUGAACCGUUCACUACCCUUGGUUGGGAAAGGAAUUGCCGCAACAAAAGAUUCUGAUGUUAAAAUUUAUUAGUGACAGCCGAGGAAAAAAAUGAGCCUUGACAAAAGCUUACAAAUUCAUGCUGAAAGCUGAAAAAUUAUUUUGAACCCUGCCUUCAGGCAGCUCUUUCCUCAGUUUACCCUUUGACGCGUUAGACGUGCAUAGUCCUCGGGACACUGAGAAGACGUGGGAAGAGGUACUUAAUCCCUCACGGGUAUUCUAAUGACAAUCAUUCACAACACUCUAGUGGGAGCCGAAGUCGUUUCAUGCCCGCGAAUGGGAGUUAAUUUUUUUCUCUUUUACUUUUAAAGUGUGAUACAAAAUCAAGUUACUAAACUAAGAUGCGUGCGUGCGUUGUCAAAGUUGGUAACUUAACCUCCUACAAAGAUAUUUCGUGGCUGCCGGUCAUAGGGUUAAAUGCUACACAAGGCGGAACAUGUUUGGGAGUUUUGUUACGAUGCAAUCAAUAAACAUUCAUCUUCUCGUUGACCGCUUAAGAGCCCGUUUUGUUCGUCUGUCAUUCAGGGGUGUUUUCACUGAAUGUCACGUGGUCUCCCGUGUAAUUUAAAAUCCAUCAAGUUGACAACGGUAGUGUUGAUCCUGUUAGAAAAUCCUGAAUCUGCCAUCGGGAUACAGUUUUGGGCCAGUGCUUUCACCUCGUCUUGCAAUCCGACUCAUUUCGCAGUUCUCAAGAUUUCGAUUUACACCAUGACGCUUAAUUUUGUUGGAGAGAUGCAAGUGCUUCUGCGGCAGUGGAAGGUCACUUCUAUAAACGGGUUAGGUGGAUCAUUGAUAGCAGUGUUUUCCCUUGCUGUACUGUAUGAGUUCAUGUCGUCAUAUCAUAGGUACCUCGGCCUACCUAAUGGAAGAGGAAAUACCACAAAAGAGUUCAAAGGAAACAAGAGGAUACUUGAUCACCUCCUGAGGACAAGUUCUUAUCUUCUGUCAGCCGUAACAGGUUACUUGUUGAUGCUUGUGGUGAACACUUUCAACGUUUGGCUCUUUAUGUCUGUUGUGGUUGGGUUAGGCUUUGGUUUCUUUCUAUCGAAUCCAUUGUACAUAACGUAUCGCAAUUUGGAGGUACAACGAAGAACACAUGAUCAGAGAAACAACAAUGGCGUUAUAAGGCGAUCAAGAUGCGACAAGCAGAAGGAAAAAUCGCCGACUUGAUCUGAUUUACUGAAUGUGAUCUUGUUGCCUCGCGAACGUUUCGGAUCGAGCGGCAAAAAGAAACUUUGUUCUAGAAUCCAGAUGGACCACGAAGGGCAUUAAAGCGAGGUCCGUCGCGCGAGUCCAAAAAUAUCAACAAAAAGACAAAUGGUGCGGGGUAGUGCGCCACGUGGGACUCUGGACCACGGACUUUUUUCGAACUCGCGCGACGGACUUCACUGAAAAGGAAGGACUGCUCGUAGUCUAGAAUUCAGAAGUGGAAGAAGGACACUAUAACAUACGAAUCUGUUACACUGCGGCCAGCAGCUCACUCCACGUUAACCCCCUUUUCUUUUCAAGGUUUGAUUAGAAAUUCUAUCGCCAAGUUGUUAUAUAGCCUCUUAUAUCUUAGUUAGGAGUCUUUGAUGCAAUAUCAAAAUAGUGCCCAUUGACGGAUGCAUUUGUCUUUUCUCGUCACUUGUGUGAUAAUUCAUACAUACAUACAUACAGUAAGGAGGAGUUAACUGUUACGUACCUCUUUGUGUAAUGAAAAAGUACACUGAACUCAAAAGAAACCAAACAUUACAAGAAACAAAUCAAAGUGUUUUUGAAGAUGUAUGCCAAGAAGGAACAGGAAUAGUUGGGGUGAAGAAAAUUAAAAACGAUUACAAUUGACAAACUCAGCUUAAAAAUUUGGGACAAAUUUUCCAAGACGAGCCCCAAUUGUGAUCAUGGGGUUGUCUGUAAAGAACGUCCACGAUUUUUACUUAUUCGUUGAAUACAUUCUCUAUUAACUGUUAUUUUAUUAAGGAAAAGAAAUUUAAGCGAUGACCUAUCUUACAAUUCGAUUUUAUGAUUCAACAUGUAUAAGAUAAUAUUAAAAAGAAAAGAAACAAGCACAUUAUUUUAUCUCAACCUUAAAAAGAGAGAAUAUGCUCUGUAAAAAGUUAUCAGUCAGAAAUUAGUUACGGUUAUCAUUAAAAUGGGAAUUUAAAAAAUUA